AUGUGUGUAUGUGUGAAGCAGAAAGUAGAAAGUGUAGAUGAAAUGAUGGGAUGGAAGAAGAGAGAUGGAGGAAGAGGGGGUGGGAAGGGGAUGGAAUGGGAUGGUUUAGAUUUGGUCGGUAUGGAGACUUGGAGAUUGGAUGGAUGGAUGGAUGGAUGGAUGGAGUAUUAUUUUUGA